AGCAAUCAGCUGAGCUGUACGCGUACGUGUGUAAGGAUGUGACCUAACAUUCCCGGAUCCCGAGUGCCUCAUGUGAUCGUCACUUUAUGACUUUUCUUCAGGGCGUUUUGCCAACUUACGGGCGUUUAGAACAUCAACGAGGAAAUGUCUCACGUAGCCGCGUGUCUGGUUUGCCUGUCAGUGGUCCUUACCGGCGGUACAGGCCUGCUGACCCCCAGGUUUCCAAGGCCGAAAGGUCCUGUCCUGAGAUCGGAGUACAGCUAUGAUACCAAAUACUUUACACAGCCGGUGGAUCACUUCAGCUUUGCCACUUCAGACACCUUUGAUCAACGUUACCUCAUCAAUAGGAAAUACUUUGAAGGUGACGGAGGACCUAUCUUCUUCUACACUGGGAACGAAGGGGACAUCACAUGGUUUGGUGACAACACAGGCUUUAUGUGGGACAUUGCACCAAAAUUCAAGGCUAUGGUGGUUUUUGCAGAACAUCGCUACUAUGGAGAUUCAAUGCCAUAUGGAAAAGAUUCCUACAAGGACCCUCGGCACCUUGGUUACCUGACGGCAGAGCAGGCUCUGGCAGACUUCGCCCGUCUCAUCACACACCUGAAGUCCAGCAUCCCCGGUGCCGCGGACAGUCCCGUGGUGGCCUUCGGGGGGUCGUACGGAGGGAUGCUCGCGGCCUGGUUCCGGAUGAAGUAUCCCAGCUCCGUCAUCGGGUCUCUGGCUGCCUCGGCUCCGGUGUGGCAGUUUGAAGGUCUGACACCAUGUGGGAGUCAGUACUCCAUCAUCACACAAGACUUCCAGAAGGGCAGCCCUGGCUGUGACACACGCAUCCGCAAGUCCUGGGACCUCCUCAAUCAGAUAGGACAAACAGCUGCUGGUAGAGAGAAGUUGUCCUCUAUGUUCUCUCUGUGUUCUCCACUCAACACAACGAAAGACGUUACUGUGACCAUGACCCAAUGGCUUCUCAACACAUGGUUCAACCUCGCCAUGGUGGACUAUCCUUACCCUGCCAGCUUCCUGGAACCCCUACCUGCCUGGCCAAUCAAGGAAGUGUGUUCACUCAUCACUAAAUCAUUGGAUGUGCUGGAGGGUAUAGCUGCUGGUGCUACACUGUACUACAACUACACAGGCCAGGCCACCUGCCUUAACAUUCAGGAGAGCGCAGUUAGCAGUCUGGGGGACCUUGGCUGGAGCUUCCAGUUUUGCUCUGAGAUGACCAUGCCUUCCUGUAGCGAUGGUGUCCAUGACAUGUUUUUCCCUGAGCCGUGGAACCUGACUGCGUACAUGGCCCAGUGCAAGUCUGCGUGGAAGGUGACACCCAGGCCGUACUGGAUCCUCCAACAGUUCGGUGGCAAAAAUAUCACUGCUGCUAGCAACAUCAUAUUCAGUAAUGGCCUGUUGGACCCGUGGUCAGCCGGAGGAGUGACCGAGUCUCUCUCAGACUCCCUGGUGGCCAUCACGAUCGCAGACGGCGCCCACCACUUGGACCUGCGCUCCUCCAACCCAGCUGACCCGCAGUCUGUCAUAGAGGCCAGGGAGCAGGAAGUUGAGAUUAUCAGGGAGUGGCUACAACAGUACUACUCAGGGUUAUAGCUGACUCCCUCAAUUUCGGAAGAGUACCAUUAAUUCACCAAACUGAAUCUUCUGGGAAGCAAAAUUUCACGGUCUGAGGAAAAUGUUCAGGGCAUGUUCGCAUCCAGUGCAGUUUUUAGGAAUUGAA